AUGGAGGAACAAUAUAAUCGUCAUCACGGAGCUCGACAGAAGGAGUUCAACGCUGGCGACCUGAAACCACCGCAAGCACAAGGACGGGUACUGAAGCGGUACGGAAACAGGCUUUACGGAUGUACUGAUCGACGGACAAAUUUGGAAACGUCACGCGAAUCAGCUACGUUCGAACGCUGGCAAGGACUUACGUUAUCCGGAUUCAACGCCAGAACUUGCAGAUCUUCCGCUCCUGCCCACUCACCUCAAAACCAAGUCGCCUGUCAGAAGAAUCAAGAACAGACACGCUAA